GAACUGUGCCAAUCCAUAGCCAUCCCUCCAUUCUCCCUCGUGAUCGCUUCCUCUUCCCCUCGUCCGUCCGUCCGUCCGUGGCGGGGCUUCUCUUCGUCCGGAACGGGAGCUCGGAUCCCGGUCUUCGAUCAGGCGACCGCGUUUCUUUGAAAGAAGUUAGAAUUAUGGGCUACAAUUGAUGAGGUUCUGCUGAUAUGUCUGGUGGGAGUCCCGCGUCCGUAGAUUUAGAGGUGUGGUUCAAUAGCCUCAUAGUUUCAGGUGACGGGGGGAAGAUGGAGAGGUCAGCAGUGGCUAUUGCAGGUUGGAAGGACCUACCUACGGAGCUGCUGCUUAGAAUUCUUUCGCUCCUCGAUGAUAGCACCGUGUUUGUGGCUUCGUCUGUUUGCAAAGGCUGGAGGAUUGCCCUGUGCCUGGGGCUUACAAGUUUCUCCCUAUCAUGGUGCAAAAAUAACAUGAACAAUCUCGUGCAAUCAGUCAUCCCCAAGUUUGUGAAGCUGCAGGUUUUAUCUCUUCGACAAAAUUACAGACUUCAACUCGAGGAUGGUGCUGUUGAGACAAUUUCUAAUUAUUGCCAUGACUUGAAGGAUUUAGACCUUAGCAAAAGCCGUAAACUGAGCGAUCGCUCUUUAUAUAAUUUGGCCCAUGGAUGCCCCUGUCUAACAAAGCUCAACAUCAGUGGGUGCUCAGCUUUUAGUGAUUCUGCCCUUGCACAUCUAGCUAGUUGCUGUAGAAACCUAAAAUAUUUGAAUCUUUGUGGAUGUGUGAAGGCUACAUCUGACAAAGCUCUACAGGCUAUUUCAUACCAUUGCAAUGAGUUGCAAUCUUUGAAUCUGGGUUGGUGUGACUGUGUCACUGACAAAGGAGUUACCAGUUUGGCCACAGGCUGCCCCAAUCUUCGGGCUUUGGACUUGUGUGGUUGUGUCCUUAUCACAGAUGAAAGUGUGAUUGCACUAGCAAAUGGUUGUCCUCAUCUAAGAUCUCUGGACUUGUAUUACUGCCAGAACAUCACCGACAGGGCUAUGUAUUCACUAGCAAAUAGCUGUGUGAACCAUAACCAUGGAUCACGGCGAAUCAGCAGUAUCGACAAGGGUGGUCUGAUGAACCUCAAUAUCAGCCAGUGCACGGCUUUAACACCACCUGCUGUUCAAGCUGUCUGUAACUCAUUUCCAGAACUGCAUACCUGCCCUGAGAGGCAUUCACUCAUCAUCAGUGGCUGUCUCAGCCUUACUUCUGUGCACUGUGCUUGUGCCAUCCAAGCCAACCGAGCAAGUAGGACUGCUUUGGCAAGCCAUGCUUACUGAACAUCAACGAAUGUGUGAUUUCAACAGCUAAGUAAAGAUCAAAGCUUUACGUGACGUGCAUUUGUACAAGAUUGUACUGAAUAUGAUGGAUCUGGAUACUUAUAUCGCUUCCUAGUUCUGAAGACUUUGGACCUUGGUGUGUAUGGAUGGGGACUCUAAACGAGUGUACAUUGCAAAGAUUGCUUCACAUGUUGUGUACAUAGCUAAUUAAUGUCCUAAAUAAGUGUACUCAGAAUCUUAGCUCGACUUCACUCCCUCGAGCAUUGCUUUGAACCUGUAAGUGGUGCAAGCCGAAAGGCACAUGCUAGGUUUUUAAUACUAUGGUAAACCCGAUAUCUUUCAGUAGAUAUCAACGCCCAGAGAAAUGGUGUGAAGUUUGUAAAUGUCUCGUGUCCUUGUUGGUUUGGUUUAGGGCUGCAAUUUCAAAUCCAAAUAAUACUUUUGUUUU